AUGGCGACCGAGGCAGCGUCGGAAAUCCCCCAAACAGAGCGGGUCUUGCCCAGCUUCAAGCCGCAACAGCUCUCCUUCCCCUUACCCAAAGCUCUUCACACCACCGGCCAUAUUCAUUUGAGCUUCUUGGGUCACUGUGUGAUGGUGUUCCUGGCAACCUCGACGCCCGGUGACUCGGCAGGGUCGGUGAAGUCGCUGGGAAGCUUUGUCUACGCCAUGCCUGAUCGCACAUCCUCCAAAUCAACUAUCGCCACGACGAUUUACACCUCACCAUCAAGCAUCGAGUACACAACUCGUGUGGCAAAGAUUAUCACCCGUCGUAUCGGCAUGCCUAUCUACGUGGGAUGCAGUAUUGACACCAAUGCGCUAGGCUUGCAGGUCGAGGAGGAGAUGGAGGGUUUGACGCACAUUGUCAACCUGGUGGUGGAGAAAUAUGAAGCGCAAAAACAGUAA